CUUUAUUCAGUGAGUCAGAUUCCGUCGGGGCGGGUCGUCACUGUAAUCUGUUAUUCUUUAUACAAUAUAUUAUUUGUGAAUAUUAUAAUCAUAGUUAAGUGUAGGGCGACCCGAUACCUAACCCGACUUUUGUACUUAAUCAGUAACAAUGUUGCAUCUCAAGAAUAUAGCCAAAACAGUCGUUCCGCCUCUAAAAAAUACCGUUCAAAAUGAGGCCCUCAACACAAUGCUAAGAAUCGCACCAGCGGGGGUGAACGUUUGCUGCCGCACCUAUGCAAGCCAUGAAAUUCCAGAGAGGCUUAGAGACAUACCCACAAGUGCGAACCCCAAAUUCUUCCAUAUGGUUGAGUACUUUUUCCACAGGGCAUGUCAAGUGGUCGAAGAUAAACUAGUGGAGGAUUUGAAGUCGAGAAUGCCCGUCGAGGACAAGAAAAAGAAAGUAGCUGGUAUUUUGAAGCUUAUGGAGCCAUGCGAUCACAUUCUCGAGAUUCAGUUUCCCUUAAGGCGCGAUUCUGGAGAUUACGAAAUGAUUUUGGGAUACCGGGCGCAACAUUCCACACAUAGGACCCCGACAAAAGGAGGUAUCAGAUUCUCAACGGAUGUGACUCGUGAUGAAGUCAAAGCUUUGUCUGCUUUGAUGACAUUCAAGUGCGCAUGCGUCGAUGUACCAUUCGGCGGUGCUAAGGCCGGUAUCAAAAUCAACCCCAAAGCAUACUCCGAGCACGAACUUGAGAAGAUCACGCGUCGCUUCACUCUUGAGUUGGCCAAGAAAGGAUUCAUCGGGCCUGGCGUGGAUGUACCCGCUCCCGACAUGGGUACCGGCGAGCGAGAGAUGUCCUGGAUCGCGGACACCUACGCGAAGACCGUCGGCUUCCAAGACAUCAAUGCGCAUGCCUGUGUCACGGGAAAACCCAUCAACCAGGGCGGUAUUCACGGAAGAGUUUCGGCCACCGGCAGAGGAGUGUUCCACGGAUUGGAGAACUUCAUCAACGAAGCCAAUUACAUGAGCAUGAUCGGUACAACACCCGGUUGGGGUGGCAAGACGUUCAUCGUCCAAGGUUUUGGUAACGUGGGUCUCCACACCUGCCGCUACCUGGUCCGCGCCGGCGCCACUUGCAUCGGUAUUAUUGAACACGACGGAUCCAUUUACAACCCCGACGGUAUUGACCCCAAGGCCUUGGAAGACUACAGGAUUGAGAAUGGCACUAUCGUUGGAUUCCCUGGCGCCAAAGCCUAUGAAGGCGAGAACAUGCUGUACGAGAAAUGCGACAUUCUUGUACCGGCCGCCAUCGAGCAGGUUAUCCACAAGGAAAACGCACACAAGAUCCAGGCUAAGAUCAUUGCGGAGGCAGCCAACGGUCCCACGACCCCCGCUGCGGACAAGAUCCUCAUCGAACGCAACAUCCUAGUCAUCCCUGACUUGUACAUCAACGCUGGUGGUGUGACAGUCUCCUUCUUCGAGUGGCUCAAGAACUUGAACCACGUGUCUUACGGACGUCUCACGUUCAAAUACGAACGGGAAUCUAACUACCACUUGUUAGAAUCCGUUCAAGAGUCUCUGGAGAGGCGUUUCGGUCGCGUCGGCGGUCGCAUUCCAGUGACACCUUCCGAGUCUUUCCAGAAGAGGAUCUCUGGUGCCUCCGAGAAGGACAUCGUGCACUCUGGCCUCGACUACACCAUGGAGCGAUCGGCUAGGGCUAUUAUGAAGACGGCCAUGAGGUUCAACUUGGGCUUAGAUCUGAGAACAGCGGCGUACGCGAAUUCCAUCGAGAAGAUAUUUACGACAUACGCCGAUGCCGGCCUUGCAUUCUAAACACUCAUUAGAUAAAAUAAAGUAUUGUCUGCAUUUUAUGAACUCCAUUUUAGUCCCUAUGCACAUAAGUAUAAUUUUUAAGACAUAUUCACAGUAUUUUUUGUUUGUUGGAAUCAUGGCUUUUUUAUUUUAAUGUUAAGCAAAGCAUUGUUACAACUUUUAAGUGAAAAUUUAAUUUUCCAAUUGUAUCAUCUUAAAUUUUGAAUAAAUUGUUUCUCUGUUAUUCCUUUUA